UCGGUUCAUACUCCAGUAAAUUUUGAUAAACAAAUGGACGAAAGUGAAGAUUUAAACACCGAAGAUACAUUGGACUUGGCGUCAAAAACAUGGAGUCGUUCCGCAGACUCAGCCUUCAAAGCUGGUUAUCGAGAAGGCAUCGCCAAAGGAGAGGAAUCUAUUUUUCAAGAUAGUUUUGACCAGGGUUACAAGGACGGUUUCCAAACAACUUUUGCGUUAGGAAAGUAUAAAAGUCUUGCAUUUGUUUUACCAAAGGACCAUGUGUGCCCCAAGGAAGUCGAAGCGGUUCUUAAUAAUAUAAAGAGAGGAGCGUGUUACAUUUGCACAGAACAGGAUAAGACAUCAGGUUCCAACGUUAAUGAAAAAUCAUUUUCAGAAUGUCAAAAAAAUCAAAAAGAUCAUGCUGAAAAAAUAAUUCAAAUGUUGCAUGAAUAUUAUGAAACAGUUAUGAGGAAACAUGGCGUAGAUCUAAAUGAAUUAGAUUUAAACUGGUAAUGAGAUUAUAAAAUGUCUAACUACAUCUUGCACAUUUUUAAAGCAUUAUGAGAGUCAUACAUCCAGUAUGAAUACAACUUUAUUUGUUGGAAACGUGUGUUCUUAUAGUUGAAUGACAAAUACAGAAUUUGAACGUGAA